UAAAUUUUAUAUUCAUAACAACUUCUAAGUCUGUAGAGAAAACAUUUUCAAUACGCAUAACAAUAAAAUUUACUAAAUAAUGAAUUUGUGUGUCUCAAUUUUUUUUGCCUCGUGUUUUGUUCUUGUAACAACUGAAUAUAUACCGUCAACAAAAGGAAUGCAAUGGCUUUCGAUAACAUGUGACACUGACGAGAAACUGUCACUUGUACUUGAAUUUCAAGCAGAUAGAGAUUUUGAUUUUAUGACAAUUACCCGACAGCAUGUUGAAGUUGCAAUCACAGCGGGUAAAAUCGAUGAAUUCAAAAGGCUACUUGAAUUACAUGAUAUCGAGUAUAAAGUUUAUAUAGAAGAUGUUCAACAACUAGUCAAAGAAGAACGGAACAUACCCAGAAGGCGUCGACGAAGUCCCACUAAUUACAAAUUACCAUAUUCAUUUGAUCACUUUCCCCGACACUAUCUAAUUAACAGCUAUCUUCAUAAAAUUAGCCUAAAAUAUCCCGAUGCAACUUUACUCGACAUAGGCACAACCUUUGAGGACCGAAAAAUGUACGGUGUUAAAAUUUCAAAUAAUGACGGAAACGAAACGAAACCUGCAAUUUUAAUCGACGCUGGGAUUCAUGCUCGCGAAUGGAUCUCUAUAACAACUGCACUCUUUGUAAUUCAACAACUUUUAAAAGACGAGAACAAACAUCUUUAUAAAAAUAUCGAUUGGUACAUCUUCCCUUCAAUGAAUCCGGAUGGUUAUGAAUUUUCCCACAGCGAGUAUCGUCUGUGGAGGAAGACACGAUCUGAUAAUUCUCUUACUACCUGUAAAGGUGUCGAUGGAAAUAGAAACUACGAUUACAAAUGGAAAGAACCCACGGAACUUUAUGCGAGAAUUUCCGAAAAUCCUUGCGACAAUACUUAUCCUGGCGACGAAGCAUUUUCUGAAGUAGAAACAAGAAAUUUGCGUGACUUUGCUUUAUCAAAAAAUGGAACAAUUAAACUAUUUAUUGAUUUACACGCCACUAGUCAAAAUAAUAAGCACGUAGUUAUACCCUGGUCAUUUACUAAAGAAUAUCAUCCGGAUUAUUCAAAAAUGUUAAAUUUAGCCGACAGAGUUUCAAGUGCCAUAUAUUCUUAUAAUGGAAGUAAUUACACCGUAGGAACAGUUAAUGAAAUUUAUUAUAUUGCUCCCGGUACAAGUAUAGACUGGUUUUUAGCAACAGCAAAAUCGAGUUUUAGCUACUGUAUCGAAUUACCAAGUCUUGAUUUUGUUAUAUCUGAGAACAAAAUAGAAGAAAUCGGUUCGGAAAUCUUUGAAGCUAUGAAAGUAUUUGGCAAACACAUAGAAGAUAAUUUUGUGUAAUUUUGUAUAAAUACUAAAAUAUGUUUUCUCGAAAUUUGUAAUCUUUUAUUUUUUAAUGACAUUGAGAAUAUUAAAUUAAUAUUUGUUCGAAAUUAUCUGAUAAA